GCACGACCCUCUCUCGUCUGAUCUGCUGCUCUAAUGGAUGCCGAGGCAGAGCUCGAUGACUUUCUAGGCGAGGACGAAGACCAGGAGCUGGAAGAUGCCGAGGAGGAUCUGGGCAACCUCAUGGACGAGGGCGGGGAGGGCGAGGAGGAACAGGCCGGCGGGGAGGGCGGCGGACGGGACGCAGAGGUGCACCCGGAGGGACAGGUGCCCGAUACUGAGGCGAGAGAAGUGUAAGGAAGUCGUGCGCAUGCAGGAAUGGAAGGAGGGAGACGAUGUGGAUAUAUGCCUUGUACAUAUGGCUUGUGGAUGUGUGUGUGGAUGGGUGGGUGUGCAGGAAGGACAAGAUGACGAGUCCCUUCAUGACCAAGUUUGAGAAGGCGCGGGUCAUCGGCACACGAGCUCUUCAGAUCAGGUGGGUGGGGUGGCUGCGCCGGUCAGGGAGGCACAACACCCUCACAGACGGACACACAAUCAGGCAGACCCAGUCCCGCUCUCUCUCUCUCUCUCUCUCUCUCCCUCUCUCUCUCUCUCUGCGUGUGUGUCUGUGUGUCUGUGUUUGACAUUGGUCAGCAUGGGUGCGCCCAUCACAGUGGACGCCGAGGGCGAGACCGACCCGUUGGUGAUAGCCGAGAAGGAGCUCAUGAGCAAGUCUAUUCCCUUCGUCAUCCGCAGGUGGCUCCCCGACGGCACUUACGAGGACUGGACCAUCAAGGAACUCCACAUCGACGGCAUCUAAACAGUUACGCACACAAACAGAUGGGUGGGUGGACAGUCGCUGCGUGUGAUGUGAUGUCCUUCGCGGUUCGCGGCGCAUGAGAGAGAG